AAAAAGGAAUUUCACUUCCGGGAUAUAUGAUCCUGCCUCUUUUUUUCAAACAAACCACCAUCAGAUAUCGUGAUAAAAGUUUCAGCAAUGACAUUCUUUACCAAAUACAGAUGAAGUGGAAAAUGUUGUUCAAACUUGGACUGUCUGUUGUGGUUUUUGUGGCGGUGUACUUGUUCUUCGCACUUCAGAACCAAAAUGACAGCAACACACAAAUGAUGCCCAAAGUGAUGCAGGACCAUCAAACUGGACAACAGGAAAGUGACCAGUCACACAUUGACAAAGAACGUGGAGGUCAUGAUCAGACAGCCAACAAAGUUGAUGAAAAACCUUUCAGGAGUGAAGCAUGGAGAAAUGGAAUACAUCUAUCUCUGGUCGCUUGUGGAGACCGAGAGAAAGAGUCUGUUAUCCUUCUGAAGUCAGCUGUCCUCUUCACAAAAACACCACUUGUUUUCCACAUCUUUGCUGAAUUACAACUGCAGGAUUACUUUAAACGACAGAUUGACUUUUGGCCCGACGAGUUCAGGACAAGAGUUGAGUACCACAUCUACAACCUGAGUUUCCCAGUGGGAGACAAAUCCAAUGAGUGGAAAAAUCUCUUUAAACCCUGUGCAUCACAGCGACUUUUCAUACCUAGUCUGUUAACGGAAGUAGAUGCGUUGUUAUAUGUUGACACGGACAUCCUGUUUGUACGACCUCUGGAGGAUAUCUGGGCUUUCUUACGGAAGUUCAACACAACACAGCUGGUAGCCCUGGCCCCGGAACAUGAAGAUAAACAAUCUAGCUGGUAUUCUAGGUUUGCCAGACAUCCGUAUUAUGGAGAACAAGGUGUGAACUCUGGGGUAAUGCUGAUGAAUCUGACACGGAUACGUCAGUCACCAUGGCUAGAAUCUCUCAAACAGUAUUACAAGGAUUAUAAACUUAAAAUAACCUGGGGGGACCAAGAUCUUCUCAACAUCUACUUCCAUUACUAUCCAGAACAGCUUUACGUUUACCCAUGUGAGUGGAAUUAUCGGCCUGAUCAUUGUAUGUACAUGAGUGUAUGUAAAGGUGGCGAUAAAAACGGGGCCAAUGUCCUACACGGAAACAGACGGGUGAUGCACAACGAUAAACAACCAGCUUUCAAAGUCACCUAUGACACCUUUGUCAGGCACCAGUUUGGCGCAGAUUUAAAGUAUGACAUGCUUGUGACACUGAAGAAAGAAUUAGAUAAAACCAAACACACAUCCUGUGGAAAAGUGCCUCAUAUAUUCUACAAACAGAUAGAAAAUUAUAUAGACUCAUUAGAUAUGUACAAAAAUAACGAGAGUUAUGGUGGAUGACUUUAAUGUUAAUUUGUAAUUCUAUGUAAUUCCAACAGUAGGGACCAUUGUCUCCUGAUAUACACAUGUAGACAGUAGAAUAUUUAAAUGCAGACUGUGAUCAUCUAACUUCUGAUCUGAUUAUGGAGAAUUAUUUUACUUUAUCACUGAUUACAUGAAAGGUCAUACAGAAAAUUUUACCAAAAGCAAAUAUAAGUUUUUCACUGCAGCAAGACACAUGUUUUUAAUCAAUAUAUUAAAAUCACUUGUAAAUGCAUGUGUCUGAAAAUAUUUUUAUAUGGAUUUAAAUGCAAAUUUAAUGCUAUGUUAUGUUUCAAUUUAACAAUGUCAAUAUACAACACACAGUACGUAUGUAUAUAAAAAGGUUUGUGAAUGUCAGUAUACAGUAUAUAUACACAUGUGCGAAUGUCAGUAUAU